GAAUUAGUCAGUGUUGCGUUGGCAGUGAAAGGACUGAGACGUGUGGUCGUUGCUCGUGUGUGUUUCUAUGAGGCUCUCGGCAUGGCCCGGGAAACUCUUGUGUCAAAGCCGCCAUGGCUCAAAGGGAACAUUGUGAUGGUGGGACUCUUGUUGUUCUGUGGUCAUCGUGUGACGUACGCCAACAACACGAAUAAUGGCACUCUUCAGAAAUCAACUUGUAACCAGCGCGAUUGCCUUCGAUGUGACCUUGACACGGCAGAAUGCGUCAAGUGUCUGUACGUGAUGAUGGCAGAUUCCCGCGUCUGUCACUCUGCCUGCCCGCCCGGGUAUUCUACCACGUGGGCGCCCUAUCCAGCCGAAGGCUCCCCUGCGGCAGGAAAUGCGGUUAUGGGCAGGAUUUGUUCUGAGCAAAGCAUGCUGGCGCUGGUGUCUGGGCGCGACGUGGGCAUCAUCGCAGGGGCGGCCGUGGCGGGAGCUGUCUGCGUCGGCGUGGUCAUCGGCGCCCUGCUGUACAUGCGCAGGAGGACCAAACCCCCUCCAGACCACCAGAGACACGAUCAUCCCAGGCAUGUGCCCCCAAGGUUAUGGAAGGACAAGAGGCCUAAUGCUACUGAGGUCUCAGUAGCUGGCGAAGAAAGGGCAGAGUUCCUCGAACAACUCAAGAGCCUCCGAGGGGAGGCAGACAACUUCCUCGAGAUGCUCAGUGAGACCAGGAACAGGUUCAGGAGGCUCGGAGGGCCCGACUCUGCCACAGAUACCAAGGCGAAGGCGUACAGGGCCGUGGUCCGUGACCUAUCCCGGGUGUUGACCCUUCUGAAUCGGAGAGAAGAGCACAUAGUGACGGUGCCCGCAGACUGGAGGAGAUUGCUGUCUUGGGCAGCUCGAGUUCUCGCCAGAUACAAGAGACAAAAAGCAGCGAAGGAGGCAGGGGAUAUUCCGUCACUAGAGCCCUUGUCCACAGGAGGCACCCUCUACCAGACCCGAAAACAGGCACAGGCCGAGAGAUGUCGACUUGUGGCACUUGGCGCCCCUUGUAGCACCCUGUCCUCGGGCAAUCUUAACUCGAGUAGGAUGUCCUGCUCCUCCAGAGGUAGUGAUCCUCCUACGCCGUGUAGAGAAACUCCACCUGCAAGCCAAAUCAGUUCAAGGUCAGCCUCCAUGAUUAGUCUGACACCUGUCAUCUUUGAGGAAGAGGACGAAGAGGCACCUGAAAACCCAGAAGACAUAUUAUUCGACGAGAGCCUGGACACCACCCCUCCUUCAAUGAAGAAAUCGGACAACCAAGACGCAAUACCUGAUAACGACGUUGAAAAACAAGAUCUGAAAGUGAAUGGAAAAGUUCCGGUCGUAUGUGAGAACAGUACCAAGGACGAGAGCGACAUCCCAUCUGUGCACCUGGAUCCCAUGAAGGAUAAAGAUUCCAAAUUCAGGCAUUACCUGGAAGGGGAGCUCGCGAAGAGGGGCGUUCCGGUGAUCUCGCAGGACGAGGCGCUUUGCGGCUUCAAGUACGUGAAGGAGACCAACAAUAACAUCACGAAGAAGAUGAAUGACCUCAAUGACUUGUGCAGCAUCAUCAGCGAUGGAUACAUCAACGCACCAUCCGUCAUUGAGAGCCUCAAAAAUCUGAGAAAUAUAGAGCAUAUGAGAAAUGCCGAUGAUUCGUCUUCACCUUAUUUGAAUAUGGAACGUAAGCUACUUCAAUCGCAGUAUAAGAACCAAAAAUUCACUCAUGACAUACACGAAAAGGAAAAGGAGGUCAACAGCCUAAAGAGUCCUCCAGUAUCAGGCAUCUGCACAGACAUUGGCACCCCUGAGCCGGAAGCUCAAAUAUCCGUUAGAAAAGAUCCAGUGAGGGGAAGCGUGAGGGGCGAUAAAACUAGUUCCAAAUGUGACAAAAUCAACGCCACGUUACCGGGUGAGGAUGUCUACCUGAAUGUUAUAAGAAAACCAGUCGUGGCCAGAACGACGCUGUCCAAUGACCCUUACAGGGAUGAUACCAUUGACAGUUCUCAGGAAAUAAAACAUAAGAAUCGGAUAGUGACAAAGAACAGCAAGAUUGCUCCCGUCAGUUGUAAGGCGGAAGUCACUCGGCAUUUGUCUGCUCCCAGAUGCGAACUCACGACUGAGCUGUAAAUGUUUGUAUAUAUUUCUCUCCGACAAACUUACUGUAAAUUUGGUAUAAAUGUAGCUAAGUAGAUCAUUAGUGACUUCUGUUAGCUCGAAAUCAUAUUACUCUCCAAUUUGAGCAGUUAAGUCAUUCGGAUGUUCAUGCAUCGAAAUAUUGUGAACGAUAUCAUGUCAAUAAUGUGAGUUUGACAUAUGGGUACAUUCCAGAUUACUAAAGCCUUUACAACCUUCCGCAAGGCAGUGUGCUUUAUUGCUCAGUGAAAAAGGAGUGAACUUAAAUUCCAAAUUAGGUUCUACAAGAAAUUUAGGCUCAUUUUAUUCUUGCUCAUUUUAGUUAUAGCAUAGUUGACCUUUAAGAUAUUGUAAAAGAGUGUAAUAUGUAGAUUUCAUCCAACUGAUAAAUGGUCAUCCACAUGUUCUCAUGAGAAGUAGGUGUACUAUACAGAUAAAAACCUCUACUCAUGGCUGAUUAAAAUCGUGACAGUUGGGAUUGAAUUCAAAGAAGUGGAUACAAUUUUCUCAAAGCCUUGAAUAAAACGUAAGUCUUAAAGAAAGAUAAAGUAACGCUUACAUAAUCUAAUAUCGCAUUUAACACUUUUUUUUUCCUAGGGGUUGCGCCACGCCCCCAACUCCCGAAAUUCACAAACCUGAAUAUUUAAAUUUUUUUCCCUAGAUGGUGUUACGCCCCCCACUCCGCCGACCCCCCCACCUCCCGAAAUUCACAAACCUGAAUACUUAGAUUUAUUAAACUGAUUAAACCAAGAAAAUUCCACAAAAGUUUAGGAUCUUCACGUAAUAUAAUUUCAGUCCUACAAAGUUUUAAAAUAAGACUUCAACUGUUCGAGCAUAUGAUUUGCGUUUUUAAUG